UGUUCAGCAUAGGCUUUAAAAUUUGUACUUCACCACCUUCUGACAGUGAAUUUCUCAUACAGGAUGUUGAUGUGUGUAGUCAAUUCUUUCAGUGGUACCAACAAUUGUGAGUAGAAUAAACAUUUAGAGAAAUGUCUGAGGAAGAAACUGAAUUACGGGAUUUAGUGGCACAGACUUUAGAAAAUAAUGGAGUAUUAUCAAAAAUUAGGGCUGAAUUACGAGCAAGUGUGUUCUUAGCACUAGAAGAACAGGAAUCUCUUACGGAUACUCCUCAGUUUACAAACAAACCUCUAAGAACGUUUCUGAGCACUGAUGAAGGUUCACUUGUUGCAUGUUUGGUUCGCGAAUUUCUGGAAUUCUUUCAGUUGGACUUUACUUUAUCUGUAUUUGACCCAGAAACAGCUCAAGGAAAAUAUUAUAAUUAUGGUGGCAGAUCAAAAUUAAUUAAUGAUUUACAGAUACAGAAUCUUAAUGGUAAAAAGGGACCAUUAUUAGUCCAGUUACUACAUAUUGCCCUUAGCCAAAAUGUGGAUUAUUCUGGUGUCAAGCAGGAAGGAACUGAACCAAACAUUGGUAUGAACAUAUCCUCUGCAUUGGGUAAUCAAAUAGCUCAUAGUGGUGCCUUAUUGGAUAGUAACACUCCAAACAGCGCUAUUGGGGAGAGAACCUCAGCCCAGCGAAACGUUGGUUUGUCACAAAGUGAAGUUACAACAACCAAAGCUAGUUCUAGUAAUGUGUCAGCUGAAACUAAAUCUAUUACUUUCACAGCAGAAACAUCAAAACUAUCAACAGACAUAUAUAAAGUCCUCAGAUUGAAGGAUAUUCCACUGCCUGCAGUAUUAGAGCAGAUGUCUCCGAGAUCAACCUCAGUUUCAGAUUCUGAACAUGCAAAUCACAGCAGUAAAAAUGCAAGUAAAAGCAAGACAGUGUCAUCAGAAACUACACCUCAUAACUCCCCAACUCUAGAGCAGUCACUGACCCAAAGUAAACCUGAGACACAGGCUGCUCCAAAUUCUGACUCUAUACAAAAGAGUAGUAGCAAGUCUGAUAGUAAGAAGAACAAGCCUCAGCAAAUCAACAAGUCAAAUGUGGAAUGCAUCACAAGAGCUGGAACCACUACACUGUCAUCUUUAAGUAAUUUACCACCUUUAUUUGGAGUUAAUCUUCCCAUGAAACAAACCACCGGAUCCCUUCCUGGGAUCAGUCACUCAAAGGACAUGCAUAAAAUUAAAUCAAUGAUUGAUUUAGGAUUGGAAUCUCAAGAUAAUUAUGAUGAAGACUUCAACUCAUCAGCGAGUGUUAGUGCUAAGGACGAUCCUGCCAAUCAAGCUACAGACACCGAAAUUGAAGAAGAAUUAGGAUCUGGGGUUGAAGAUAUACUAAGUUCAAAUUCAGUGCUGGAUGACAUGACGGCAGAUGCUACACUCUCAAACCUGACCGGUGUUGCAGAUUACAUGGAAGAUGUUAUGUAAGAUUGGAUGUCUGAUGAUAUAAUGUUUUCUUGCUGAAACUAUGUGUGCAUAGUUUAACAUCAAGAUAUUCAAUUAUAUAUUUUAAUGUGCUGUACCAAAAGUUGUUGCCUAUAUUUCUGAACUUUGUAACCAAUAAUUACAGUUUGACUAUGUAAUUAAUGUUCUUACUUUUGUGAAAAUGUUUGUAUUUUUAAGAUUAAUUAAAAUAUAAUUUCUUUCUGCCAAUAAAAUUAAUUUUACAAUAUUUUA